AAUCACUAACCUGUGCAAGGGAGAGAGCGUGAUCGGUGGUUUAACGGCGGCGAUGGCGAUGAUUAGAGAGCUAAGGAGGGGUUUAAAAACCCUUCAAGAUCUCGAAUUGCUCAAGCUCUUCAAGUCUGAGAUUAAUUUUGAACUUUCUUCUAAUCACUUUCAGAAUGCCCCACGUGGUUCCUUAGGGGAUUUUGUACUGGACACGGAUUCACCACGUUCAAAAGAUGUGAUUUUGCGAAGAAAUUUUGAUUCGGGUGAGGAAGUUGCGAUUUCUGCUAUGUUGGGUCCUCCUAAUUAUGAGAAAGACCUCGUUUUUCCAAGGGAUGUUUUCAUGAAAGUGUGUGUGAAAAAGCCAGCUUUGAGUUCCAUCUUGCAAUUUGACUGUGAUGUUUAUGAAGAAGCUGAUAAAGGCUCUGAAUUUGAUAUUUACAAUGCUUAUUAUCUUAAAUCACCUACGUGUCUUGGCCCUUCCGUUUACCGAGGGCCCUUGUUCAGCGGAUUGGAUUUUGAGUUGCAAGAUGCACUCAAGGAAUACCUGAAAGCCAGGGGCAUUGGGGUAAGCCUCACCAAUUUCCUUCUCCACUACCUACACAAAAGAGAGCAAGAGCAAUACGUGAACUGGUUGAAGAAAGGUGAAGCAUUUGUGGCAAAAAGGGUCAUUGAGUCAAUUUUCAGGGACACAUUCUACAUAAACAGGGUUGCAAUAUUGUCAAUUUUGGCACUUGUCAAGGGUGAGGGAAUUCUGGAUCAAUUUUUACUGAUAUUUUAACAAAUGUUGAGUUAGGAUGAUGAUCAGGUUGCCAAAUAAUUAAACUGUAAUA